UUAAUGUAUGUUCAGCAUGUGAGUGGAUGGCAGGAGAGCAUUGCACAUAUGUACUCCUACUAGCUGUGUUAUGCAGCAGGAGUAUGGCACAGUGCAGUUCUUCAUCACCUGUUUGUAGAGUGGUUUUUGUUUAAUCUCCAUUUGAAUGUAAAACAGCCAUUGUCUGAAAGGCACUUUAAGGAUUAUGAUCUUUAUGGAAUAGUCUGUUUGCUUUUCAUUUCACCCUAUGUCCUAAAACUUUACAUGAGAAAGCUUGGCACUGUUGGACAGGAAUAUGUGUGGGGGCACACAAAGAAGUGGCAGAUCAGUACUCUGCUCACCCAACAAAAUGAGAAACUCCUGGGCCACACGUUGCAUGCAAGCAAGCAAAUGCAGGGAGCACUCCUUCAGCCCAGUGAGGGGCAAGUUAGCUAAGGAGUGGAGCAGUGCCUGUCUGUCUGAUGCUGCUUUUGAUACACAGAUAUCACACAGCUGGCCUAGUUCAGAGUUUGACCAGAAUGAUAUCAGACUGAUUGUAUACCAGGACUGUGAGAGGAGGGGCCGACAAGUUUUAUUUGAUUCGAAAGCUAUCCGUGAAAUUAAAGAUGAAACUGUACAGCAGAGGUCCAGUGAGGAUUCCCUAUCAAAAACCACUCCUAAUUCUUGUCAGACCAGCAGCAGUGGUACCUGCACCAUCUCUUCUCGUACUGCGUCAUCUGGAUAUUCUCAUCCUGCUAGAGAACCGCUGCCCAGAUACCAGUACACAAAACCUGCCUCUGAUGUCAAUAUGCUGGGAGAGAUGAUGUUUGGCUCUGUGGCAAUGAGUUACAAAGGUUCUACAUUAAAAAUUCAUUUUAUCCGGUGCCCGCCUCAGCUGAUGAUCAGUAAGGUGUUUUCUGCUAAAGUAGGAAGCCUCAGUGGGAGCACCAGCACAUUGCAGGACAGCUUUGAGAAUAUUAACCAGGAUACCAAUGGAGGAAAACUUAAUGUAAGUGGCACAGGAUCCUGUCAGAGUGGGACAAACUUAGGUGUUUUACAGGGUUGCAGCAGCAAGCUGCUACCUAGCGUGUUUGAAGCUCGCCCCCUCCGGCUCAUCCGGAGUGCCUCUUUCUUUGCAGCACAUAGCACACCUGUGGAUAUGCCCAGCAGAGGACAUAAUGAAGAUAAAGACAGUGGGAUUGCUCGAUCAGCCUCAUUGAGUAGCUUGUUAAUAACGCCACUACCCUCUCCAAGCUCCUCCUUCUCCAGUAACUGUGCCAGCAGCUACCAGCGGCGCUGGCUAAGGAGUCAGACUACAAGUCUAGAGAAUGGUGUCAUUCCUAGGUGGUCUACCGAUGAGACAUUCAGUAUGGCAGAUGAAAGCUACACUUCCAACCCAACAAUAAUAGGGAGGAAAAAGAUUGCCAUCAGUAUCCUUUUCUCUUUGCCUGAACAGGAGGAUGCACAGAAGAGCUUCCAGGAUUUUUUUUUCUCUCACUUUCCCUUGUUCGAAUCACACAUGAACAAGCUGAAGUCUGCAAUAGAGAAGGCUAUGAUAUCCUGCAGGAAGAUAACUGAAUCCAGCCAGAGAGUUCAGGUUUAUCUCAGCCAAGUCAUGGAAGCCUUGGGACACUUUAGGGAAACCAUCUGGAACUUAUAUUCUGUUCCUCGUAUCUCAGAACCUGCCUGGCUUACCAUGAUGUCUAGUAGCUCUGAAAAAAAUCAACUCUGCUAUCAUUUCCUCAAGGAGUUUACUUACCUUAUCGAGCAACUUAACAAGAAUCAGUUUUUUGCUGCGUUAAUCAGUGCUGUGUUAACUUAUCACCUGGCUUGGGUCCCAACGGUGAUGCCAAAUGACCAUCCUCCCAUAAAAUCCUUUUGUGAAAAGCACACCUCUCAGUCAGUCAGCCUGCUGGCCAAGUCUCAUCCUUAUAACCCACUGUGGGCACAGCUUGGGGAUCUGUAUGGAGCCAUUGGUUCUCCAGUUAGAAUGACUAGAACUGUUGUGGUUGGCAAAAGGAAAGAUUUGGUCCAGCGCAUUCUAUAUGUCCUCACCUACUUCAUCCGGUGCUCAGAACUACAAGAGAAUCAUUUGGUGCGCAGUAAGGUCCUUGAAGAAGGGGAGCAGAUUAUAAAUGGGAGUACAAUCACCACCUCAUUAGAAAAGGGAGAGGUUGAACAGUCUGAAUAUGUGAUUGUAACUCUAAAUAAUGAGCCUGCUCUAGUUUUUCCGGCUUUAUAUUGUAACAUGUCAUCACCAAUAAAGUCAACUAUUUUUGCUAAACAUAGCAACCCUGAAAUUUUAGAUGAAAAGAAACUAGUUAAGAAGGUUAGUAAAAAUGAGAACUGCAUUUCACAGCCAGAACAGGCCUCUCAUGCCAAUGUAUGUGCUUUUGGGAAAUCGUCAGCUAUUAGCAUUAACGGCACUUGCAGAGAGCAUCCAACUUUGAUAAAAGAAGCCAAAUUAGAGACAAUGGUUUCCGUUACAAGGGCACCAGUAUCUAAUAUUGAAGGGUUACACACCCCAGAUUAUAUAACGUCAUCCUUGAUAAGUUGUCAAACUCACACAGACGAUGACACUAAAACUUGUAGAACAGGUAUGUUGUCAGACUGGGCAAAGGCAGUGCUGCGAGAAGAUAAACUUGACCAGAAGUCAUCAGAAAAGGUUACAUUCAAGAUGGGCUGCUCAGCUUCACCUGACUCAGACUUUGAAAGCCAUCAAAAGGACAUGGAUGAAAAAGUAAAAUCUCUUAGAAUUCAGUCACAGGAAAUUAACAAUGCAUCACAACCUUCUCCUUCCAGUAUGGGUGGUGAUUAUACAGCUGUUCUUCAAAGAAAACUGAGCAUCCAUUCCCGAAUUCCAUCCUGUGAGGGCCCUUCUAGCAUAUUUGAUGAAUAUUUUGUAGAAGGCAAUAGCAUAGAAACGAAUACAGUUGAAGCCCUUCCCUCUCACCCUCUCCUGUCUGAUAAAUGUUUUGUUUCUCACUUUGUGGCUGAAUCAAGAGAAGAAAACUGUAUUGAGCAAAGGACUUAUAAAAACAGAGCGCUAAAAGCAGAUAAUACAGGAAGUGGAGGAAACCCUAUCCAAACCGGUUCUCAAAAUGUCCCCUGUGGUGAUCCAGCGAAUAACAUGAAGUUUAGCAUAGGCAAUAUCCCAAGAAAUGAGAGCUGUGACAGUGCACUUGGGAUUAGUGAUGAGGAACUUAAUACACCUGGUUUGUCAACUGAUUAUCAAGGUCAGACACCUCAUUAUGAAGAAAUAGAACUUCCACUGCCAAGGUCUGAUCUUCACAGCAACUCAAGUAUGAAAAACUUUGGAAGGUCCUUGUUUGGUGGCUACUGCCCUACAUACGUACCUGAUCUUGUGCUGCAUGGAAUAAACAGUGAUGAGAAACUUAAGCAGCGCUUAGCAGCUGACCUGAUCCACUCAACGCAGCACCCAGUGUUUGAUGAGCCUUUAGCGGAGGCCGUGUGUAUUGUAGCAGAUACCGAUAAAUGGAGCGUUCAGGUGGUUAGCAGCCAGAAAAAAACUACAGACCAUCAGAAACUUGGCACUGAUGUCCUGGUCUCUAGUCACGUCUCAAGUUUACUUCAUUCUAUUUUACAGCUUUACAAGCUCAAAACUCCACCGUUGUUUUGUGUGAUGCAUUUAGAGGACAAGCUGCAAGAGAUGUAUUUUAAAAGUAAAAUGUUGUCUGAAUACUUGAGGGGACAUACAAGAGUCCCUGUGAAAGAACUGGGUGUUGUUUUAGGGAUUGAAUCGAAUGAUUUGCCCCUGUUGGCCGCCGUGGCAAGUACUCAUUCCCCACAUGUUGCCCAAAUACUUUUAUAAGCUACAUUUUCUUAACAAAUGGUCAUUCCCAAGGGCAAGAGAAGAAAACGGCUCUUCAGCAAAAGAGGAGUCACCUUUAAAAAGAAUGAGAACUGUGUAAAUUAUGCUGCCGUUACCUUAUACUAUAUAGUCCCCUGCCUUCCUUUACAGGGACCGUUUAAUGAUGUUUACAUGAAGUGCAGGAUUUUGUAUUUUUCCGUGUCUCCUUUGUUUCUCUACACUGCAACAAUAUACAGAAAAUGUAAAAGGAUGUAACACUACAGCAAUCUUCUGGCUCUGCAUUUUGGUUCCAAACCAGCAAGUGUGUAUGUGGCUAUUCUGAAGCAAUGUAUAGUGUAUUCCUACUGCAGUGUUGUUCUUAUGAGUGUACAGAAAACAGCAUGGCCAUGAUUGUGUUGCAGUGUUUGCUGUACUGAAAGCUGGAAUGUAGUCUGCACCGUUUCUCAACACUGCUAGAAAUUAAACAAGUCUCUAAGUUGUACUCAUUAACCCCUUGGUAGCCAUAGAGGCCUGCAGCAUGUUGCAAACAGGGGGGUUAAUUGACAUUUGAUGGCUGAAAAAUAAUAGUAAUAAGAUACAUUUUGUAUUUUCAUUAAUUUCAUCAAAUUAUAUUUUUUUUUAAGAAUGUUUUUUUUCUUAUUUGAAAAACAAAAAUGAAUUCUAGGACCCUUCUUACUCUGACCUUAGUUUACCAAUAACAGCUUUACUUUUUUUUUUCGGACCAAUAGUACAGUCUGUAUUUAGUAUUUGAUUUGAUCAACUUUUAUUUAUUUUUUUGUCACAUUUCAAUGGGAAGCUAUGAGGUUGCCUACAUCACUAGUGAGAGGAUCACCAAAUGUAGCAUAUUUAUUUGGCAAUUUGUACAAAAAAUAUUUGUAGCUAUAUUCAUUUUCACCAAAGUUGUUUUUGUUUUUUGUUUUUUACUACUAUAAAACAUAAUUUGUGUUA